AUGGAGGAGGCGCAGCGGCGGGCCCUGCGGCGCGGGCGGGCGCGGCUGGUGGCGGCGCUGCGGGUGGCGCCGCUCUGGGACCCGCUGGAGGAGCGCGGCCUCUUCACCCGGCCCAUGGUCGAGGAGCUGCAGAGCGCCGGCAGCCGAGGAGAGCAAGCCCGGCAGCUGGUCAUCGACCUGGAGACUCGAGGGAAACAGGCUUUUCCCGUAUUCCUCUCGAUCCUGCGGGACACCGGGCAGGGCGACCUCGCGGACAUGCUGCUCGAGGAACGUGCCCGCCCGCCGGCGCCGCCGCAGCUGAGGCCCGUCGAGCUGGACUUGGGUGGGGAGAAGCGAAAUAAAAGUGCGACCUUCCCUGAACGUUUGUCCGUCCCCGUCCAGGCCGAGAGCGAAAGACCUCGAACGCCUCCCGCGCCAGCCCCGGGUUCGGCCAUCGACAAGAGGAACCGCGAUCUGGUUUACGAGCUGAAAGCGGACCCGUGCGGACGCUGCCUGAUCCUCAACAAUGUCAACUUCAGCAGAGACUCGGGUCUGUCGACGCGAGACGGCUCCGACGUGGACUGCGAGAAGCUGGAGAAGCGCUUCGAGGCCUUGCGCUUCGACGUCCUCGCUCGGCGGGAUCUGACGGCUCAGGCAAUGGUUCGGGAGCUGCAGAAGCUGGCGCGGCGGGACCACGGCGCCUCGGACUGCUGCGUCGUGGUCAUCCUUUCCCACGGUUGCCAGACGAGCCAUAUUCAGUUUCCCGGAGGCGUUUACGGAACGGACGGAAAACCCAUUCCAAUAGAAAAGAUUGUGAACUAUUUCGACGGGUCCAAUUGCCCGAGCUUGAGAGGAAAACCCAAACUCUUCUUCAUCCAGGCCUGCGGCGGAGAACAAAGAGAUCGAGGCUUUCUAGUGGAUCGCGACUCACCCGGAGACGAAGCCCCCGGAGGUCCUUUGGAGUCGGACGCGACUCCUUUUCAGGCUCCGUCGGGUAACGUGGACGAGCCGGACGCCGUAGCCAGCUUGCCCACGCCCGGCGACAUCUUGGUCUCCUACUCAACUUUUCCAGGUUUUGUCUCCUGGCGGGAGGCGUCGAGCGGCUCGUGGUACGUGGAAACGCUGGACGGCGUGCUGGAGCGCUACGCCCGUUCGGAAGACCUGCUGAGCAUGUUACUGCGGGUGGCAAACGCCGUCUCUGCCAGGGGGAGGUACAAGCAGAUCCCGGGCUGUUUCAACUUUCUCCGUAAAAAAUUCUUCUUCGCGUGCAAAUGACGCGCGGGCUCCGAGGUCCCCGCCGAGCGCGAGAGUUCCUUCCCCGCGGCCGGACGAAAUCGGCGCCCGCCGUCCCUCGGCGUCGAGGCUCCCGGCGGCCUUUGUCCGUCUGUCGAGACGUUCGUCUCGAGCGACGUAAUCUGCGAACGCCGUCCUUGCCGUGAGACAGAGAGAAGACGGAGGCUGGCGCCGCGCUGAUGGGAAACGUUAGGGACGGAGCAGGGACGGGUGAGAGAAGCCCCCCGCCGGGGCACGUGCCGGCCCGCAGCCUCCGCGCUCGCGAAGGAGAGCGCCUCUAGCUCGCCGCGACGUGGCCACGCUCGGCCUCCGUGCGUUUUUCUUCGGCGAUGGUGAUGUCUGCGUCCUUUGCUGCCUGGAUCGCCGGUCGAUGGAAUCCAGGCCUGGCGCUUCAGCGGAACGGGACCGUUUCCGCGAUCGACGUUUCUCGUUUUCAAUAAAACGCAUUGA